AUGCUGCCCGGAUCAGGCUUUGCGCGAGCCCUGCGCGAAGCUGCGCCAGGCUUGUCCAAGCGGUUCUUCAACUGCAGCCAUCGCAACGUACAGCUUCGUCCAAUCACGCCGAGCCGAACCUUCAGUCGGAAAUCUACCAGAUCGAUCUACCGACAGAGCGUGGACAGAUGCACACAGUCAAGCGUCAGGACGUAUGCCGAGAGGAGAUUUGAGUGUCGCUCGUUCUCGGCCUCUGCGAAGUCAAGAGCCACACAGGCCGUAGAGCAGGAUGAGGGAGCGCAGUCUGGCGAUGCAGAUACGGGCAACAAGAAGAAGGCAGGGCCAUCAUCUUCGUCGUCAUCGUUCCCGGACACAUCGUCCAACACAGUGGCAUACUGGCUCCUCGGCAGUGCCGCGAGUGUGUUUGGGAUCGUGGUCUUUGGCGGCCUCACGAGGCUCACGGAAUCAGGACUCAGCAUAACGGAAUGGAAACCCGUGACGGGAUCCCUCCCACCCAUGUCCCAGGAAGACUGGGAGGCCGAAUUCGCCAAAUACCGCUCGUCGCCGGAAUUCAAAAUGCUCAAUUCGCGCAUGACGCUCGAAGAGUUCAAGAGUAUAUACUGGAUGGAAUGGAUUCACAGACUCUGGGGCCGGUUCAUUGGUCUCUCGUUCGUUCUGCCGGCGGCGUACUUUGUCGCUAGACGACGAGUGUCGCGCAACAUGGCCGUGAGGCUACUCGGCAUCGCUGGGUUGAUUGGCUUCCAAGGCUUCAUCGGCUGGUGGAUGGUCAAGUCGGGACUCAAGGACGACCUGUUCGCGCCGGGAAGCCAUCCGCGCGUCUCGCAGUACCGGUUGACGGCGCACCUGGGCGCCGCGUUUGUUUGUUACCUUGCCAUGCUGUGGAACGGACUGGACAUUCUUCGAACGAACAAGAUUCUCAAGACCGCGGCGGCAGCGGCACCGGACAAGGCGCACCAGGGUGUCCUCGACGCGCUGAAGAACCCCGCUCUCAGGCCGUUCAAGCGGUACGUGGGCUUGCUGGCAGGCUUGAUCUUCAUCACUGCGAUGUCUGGAGGCCUCGUCGCCGGGCUGGACGCGGGGCUGAUCUACAAUGAGUUUCCUUACAUGGGUCUGGGCCUGACGCCACCCAGGUCGGAGCUGUGGGACAAGUUCUACUCGCGCGAAGAUGACGGAAGCGACCUGUGGUGGCGCAACAUGCUCGAAAACCCCAGCUUGGUGCAGCUGGACCACCGGAUCCUCGCGACCACGGCCUUCACGGCAGUCAUGGCGUUGUGGGCGUUCAGUCGCGGCAAGACGAUGAGCAAGGUUCUACCCAGAGCCGCGAAGAAGGGCGUGCACGGCGUCGUCGGUUUCGCCGUGCUGCAGGUCACGCUGGGCAUAUGUACGCUGCUGUACCUUGUCCCGACGCACCUCGCGAGCGCGCACCAAGCGGGCGCUCUGGCACUGUUGACUUGGACCGUUGUGUUGGGCAGCCGGGUUUGGUUCCCCAAGCAAGCGGCCAAGAUCCUUGCGCAGCGUGCCCAGCAGAGAGCUUCUGCCAUCGGCGUUUUUGAGGGCAAUGCGGGUGCAACACGAGCAACGACGGGCGCAGCCACUGCCGGUCCGGUGCUGGCCGCGAGCGUUUUGCCUGCCGUUACGGCAUUGGCGUUGAUCAUGAGCAAUCACGCCGAGGGCGCUUUGAGGGAACAACUUCUCCUACAGCGGCGGCAGCCGGGGGAAAUGGAGAUGGAGAAGGAGAGUGAGCAACAAUGA